AAAGGGGAAGAUUCAGAGCAAGGGAGACGUAGCAGGAUGAAAAGCAGAGGUUGGUUUACAGAAUAGAUCUGUUACUGAAUAUAUCUACUCUGUGGUUUAGGGCAUUUAAACUACUUAGUAUUGUUGUUGCUUUAACCCCCUCCAGGAUGGCCUGCCUUCUUGGUGCAUUUCAGAGAAGUUCUGCAGGUGUUUUCUUCUUAGCACUUUGGGGCAUGGUUGUAGGUGACAAGCUGCUGGUGGUUCCUUUGGAUGGAAGCCACUGGCUUAGUAUGAAGCACAUAGUUGAGGUUCUCAGUGUCAGGGGGCAUGAAAUUGUGGUGCUGGUGCCAGAAGUCAAUUUGCUUUUGAGAGAAUCCAAAUACUACACAAGAGAAAUCUACCCAGUGCCGUAUUUCCAAGAAGAGCUGAAGAACCGUUUCAGCUCCUUUGAAAACAGUCUCUUUGCUGAGAGAUCAUUUCUGACUGCUGCUCAGAAAGAGUACAGGAAUAGCAUGAUUGUUCUUGAGUUGAGCUUCAUCAACUGCCAGAGCCUCCUGAAGGACCGUGCCACCCUGAAUUUCCUCAAGGAGAGCAAGUUCGAUGCUCUUUUCACAGACCCGGCCUUACCCUGUGGUGUGAUACUGGCGGAAUACCUGGGCCUGCCCUCUGUGUACCUCUUCAGGGGCUUCCCGUGCUCACUGGAGUAUGCGUUCACCAGAACCCCAAACCCUGUGUCCUACGUUCCCCGGUGCUACACAGAGUUCACAGACCACAUGACUUUCCCCCAACGAGUGGCCAACUUCCUGGUUAGUUUGUUGGAGAACUAUCUGUUUCAUUGUCUGUAUUCAAAGUAUGGAGAACUAGCCUUGGAUGUCCUUGAGAGAGAGGUGCACUUACCCACCUUAUAUCAGAAUGGCUCUGUGUGGCUGUUGAGAUAUGACUUUGUGUUCGAGUAUCCCAGGCCUGUGAUGCCCAACAUGGUCUUCAUCGGAGGGACCAACUGCAGGAAGAGCAGAGACCUGUCUCAGGAAUUUGAAGCCUACGUCAAUGCUUCUGGAGAACAUGGAAUUGUGGUUUUCUCUUUGGGAUCCAUGGUCUCAGAGAUUCCAGAGAAGAAAGCCAUGGCAAUUGCUGAUGCUUUGGGAAAAAUACCCCAGACAGUCCUUUGGCGGUACACCGGACCACGACCAUCGAAUCUUGCAAAUAAUACGAUACUUGUCAAGUGGCUACCCCAAAAUGAUCUGCUUGGUCACCCGAAGACUCGCGCCUUUAUCACACAUUCUGGUUCCCACGGUAUUUAUGAAGGAAUAUGCAAUGGCGUGCCGAUGGUCAUGAUGCCCCUGUUUGGCGACCAGAUGGACAAUGCGAAGCGCAUGGAGACCAAGGGAGCUGGAGUGACACUGAAUGUCCUUGAGAUGACGUCUGAAGAUUUAGAGAAUGCCCUAAAAGCUGUCAUCAAUGACAAAAGCUACAAGGAGAACAUCAUGCAUCUCUCCAGCCUUCACAAGGACCGCCCCAUCGAGCCGCUGGACCUGGCUGUAUUCUGGAUAGAGUUCGUGAUGAGGCACAAGGGAGCGCCCCACCUGCGCCCUGCUGCCCAUGACCUCACCUGGUACCAGUACCACUCCUUGGAUGUGAUUGGCUUCCUCCUGGCCAUCGUGCUGACAGUGGCCUUCAUUGCCUUUAAAUGCUGUGCCUAUGGUUGCCGGAAGUGCUUUGGGAAAAAAGGGCGAGUUAAAGCCCGCAAGUCCAAGGCACAGUGAGAAGUGGGUAGGAAAUAGGUGACAUUUUGAUCCAUUCCCUAGUUAAUUUCAAACGUGCAGAAAUAUUCACUGUUAAAUUAAUUUCAUUCUUAUAAAUAUGUUGCUAUAAGUUAGACAUCCCCAGAGUGUUUUUUUUUUUAAUAAAAUAGUGUAGUUUCUAGUCACACCUGUAGGUAAAAAUAGUUGAAUACACGUUCUGAACCCUUCAGUAUGUUUAAUCUAGACCGUACUUGUCAUCUUUCAAAUGACUUGCAGAGAGGGUUGGCCCGUACUCAGAAAUGUGACCUGUU